AUGAGUACGACUGUGCAAGAUACAACGGCGACAUCAUCGGCAACUUUUCUUUCUAAUAUUAUCGGCAAGCCUGUGAACGUCAAGCUUCAUUCUGGCAUGCUUUACCAGGGGACAUUAGAGUCUAUCGAUGGGUUUAUGAAUGUGUCACUCGCAGGUGCGAUGGAGUACUAUGAGGUGGAGAGUAGCAGCGUCAUUCACAAGUAUGAAUCAGAUGUAUUUUUGAGAGGGACGCAGGUGCUGUAUAUAAGUGAGAUAUGA